AUGUUGGGAGCCAAGGCGACAAGCUCCGUGAGGAUGUCAGGGAAGGGGGCUCCGUGGGGACAGGGGACAGCCUGCUGUCGAGACAGUCCAGCGGGCUGCAGGAAAGACAGGGUGGCUGAGGAUGAGUGCCCAGGCCUUGCGCUGCGCCAAAACUGCCAGCGCAGAGGCGGCGCCGCGGUGUGCCCUCCUGUGGAGCUCAGAGAAUGCUGCGGAGGCGAAGAGGGACAGAAAGCUGCAGACUCCUGUCGGGGCUACUUCGAUGUCAUGGGCCAGUGGGACCCACCGUUCAACUGCAGCUCGGGCGACUUCAUCUUCUGCUGCGGGACUUGUGGCUUCUCAUUCUGCUGCACGUUUAAGAAGCGGCGACUGAACCAGAGCACCUGUACCAACUACGACACACCGCUCUGGCUCAACACAGGCAAGCCCCCAGCGCGUAAGGAUGACCCCUUGCACGACCCCACCAAGGACAAGACCAAUCUGAUCGUCUACAUCAUCUGCGGGGUGGUGGCUGUCAUGGUGCUGGUGGGCAUCUUCACCAAGCUGGGGCUGGAGAAAGCGCACCGGCCCCAAAGGGAACACAUGUCCAGAGCCCUUGCAGAUGUCAUGAGGCCACAAGGCCACUGCAACACUGACCACAUGGAGAGAGACCUUAACAUUGUCGUCCACGUGCAGCAUUAUGAGAAUAUGGACACAAGAACCCCCAUAAAUAAUCUCCAUACCACUCAGAUGAACAAUGCAGUGCCCACUUCUCCUCUGCUCCAGCAAAUGGGACACCCACAUUCUUAUCCCAACCUGGGCCAGAUUUCUAAUCCAUAUGAACAGCAGCCUCCAGGCAAAGAGCUCAACAAGUAUGCCUCCUUAAAGGCAGUAGGAAAUUCUGAUGGUGACUGGGCAGUGUCGACGCUUAAGUCACCAAAAGCUGACAAGAUCAAUGAUGACUUCUACACCAAGCGAAGGCACCUGGCGGAGUUGGCUGCCAAGGGAAAUCUCCCUUUGCACCCUGUCAGAGUGGAAGAUGAGCCCCGGGCCUUCAGCCCGGAGCAUGGGCCUACACAGCAGAAUGGACAGAAGUCUCGCACCAACAAGAUGCCCCCUCAUCCCCUGGCCUACAACUCUACUGCCAACUUUAAGACCUGGGACCCCAGUGACCAGUCUCUUCGGCGACAGGCUUACGGCAACAAGGGCAAGCUUGGUAUAGCUGAGUCAGGCUCUUGCGACCCCUUGGGGACUCGCACCCAGCAUUUCCCACCCACACAGCCAUACUUCAUCACCAACAGCAAAACAGAAGUGACUGUCUGA